UAGCAGUUAGUUAUCCACUCAGCGAGGGAGGAGACAGGGGAGCAUUCCGCCGCCGCCGGCUGCUCCACUCCACGACCCACGAAGCUAGCUAGAUAGCAAUGGCCGCCGCCAGUGCGAGUGCUACUGCCUCGCUCUCCGCCACGGCUGCUCUCCGCCUCAGGCACCGGCAGCUCUGCUCUAGCGCACGCGUGCCCGCGCAAUCCCAUCCCCUUCUCAAGCUGAGCCGCCGCAGCCACGCGGUUUCGGCGUCGGCGGCUUCCUUGUCUCCUCUGUCUCUGUGGGAAGGCCAAGGUAUCCGAGCGGAGUCGGAGGGGCCGGGUGGUGUAGCGAGCGGUGAUGUCAUGGGCCUUCUCCUCCGGGAGCGCAUCAUCUUCCUCGGCAACGAGAUCGAGGACUUCCUCGCCGACGCCAUCGUCAGCCAGCUCCUCCUCCUCGACGCCAUGGACUCCGAAUCUGACAUCCGGCUCUUCGUCAACUCACCUGGUGGAUCGCUCAGUGCGACAAUGGCCAUCUAUGAUGUAAUGCAGCUUGUGAGGGCAGAUGUAUCCACUAUUGGGAUGGGCAUAGCUGGAUCCACAGCUUCUAUACUCCUUGGUGGCGGCACAAAGGGCAAACGAUUCGCCAUGCCUAACACCAGGAUUAUGAUGCAUCAGCCCGUGGGAGGCGCGAGUGGCCAGGCCUUGGAUGUAGAGGUCCAAGCCAAGGAGAUUUUGACCAGCAAGAGGAAUGUAAUCCGGAUAAUAUCAGGCUUUACAGGGCGCACACUGGAGCAGGUAGAGAAAGACAUCGACAGAGACCGAUACAUGGGUCCCCUCGAGGCUGUGGAUUACGGGAUCAUCGAUGGUGUGAUCGAUGGAGACAGCAUCAUCCCACUUGAGCCUGUUCCGGAGAGGGUGAAGCCUAAAUACGACUACGAGGAAAUGUACAAGGACCCUCAGAAGUUCCUUACACCAGAUGUCCCAGAUGAUGAGAUAUACUAGCUAGCGUGUCUUAGCUUGUACGGAGUAUGUUGCACAGCAAAGCAGUUGCUGGAGCUUUUGUCAAAACAAAGAUGAUGUAUUUAUUCCUUAGCAGUAGACUUUAUUUCUCGUUGCA